CUACUUUAUGGCAACCCGGCUCAUUGGAAGGAAGAUCGCAUAAAGCGACAACUCUGUUUUCCAGCCAAACAAAAUGGCGCUUUACAGCUAGAACAACUCUUAAACGUUUUAGUUAUUUAACAAACUAUUUCCUGGAAAUGGCAACCCAAAUGGCAUAUUAUCCUGCUGCCAAUGGCAUGAAUCAGUCACCUUUUCAGUCGAGACAUGCCACUGGUCCCAGUCAAAGCCCUGCUAAUAUUGGAAGUAACUCUUUCCUUGGAGCUGGAUUACCAAGAGUGGUUCCAGGAGGUGAUCCUUUGCGACCGCCGAUUCCUCCCGGCCGUCAUAUGUUUCAUCCAUUCAACAGACCAUACCCAAAGCCUGGCCAAGACAGGUCUGACUAUGAUUCCAAACAGCUACGCAAGAGCUCAAUGCGCAAGACUGUAGAUUAUUACUCAUCAGUAAUUCGAAUGCUAGAGACGAGAGUCUGGCAGCGAGACGCCAGAGACAGAAGAAGCCUUCAACCCGACGUGUGUUACUAUCCAGAAAUGGUCCCCCCCUCUUGCUACUUGGAUAUGCCCAGCAAUGCCAUAACCACACGGUUUACUAAAGUAGCGACGAAUAAAAUUCGUUGCCCUGUAUUUUGCCUUACAUGGACGCCCGAAGGCCGUCGAUUAAUCACAGGAGCUUCGAGCGGUGAAUUUACACUGUGGAACGGCUUGACAUUCAAUUUUGAAACCAUUCUUCAGGCUCACGACAGCCCAGUACGUAGUAUGGUUUGGUCUCACAACGAUAUCUGGAUGGUGACCGGUGACCAUGGUGGUUACAUCAAGUAUUGGCAGUCUAAUAUGAACAACGUCAAAAUGUUUCAAGCUCACAAAGAAGCCAUUCGGGGCAUCAGUUUCAGUCCAACGGAUCAAAAACUGGCCUCGUGCUCUGACGACGGAACAGUACGAAUCUGGGAUUUUGUCCGCUGUCAGGAAGAAAAAAUUCUUCGAGGACACGGUGCUGAUGUCAAGUGCGUCGAUUGGCACCCUCAAAAGGGUUUAGUCAUAUCAGGGAGCAAAGAUAAUCAGCAGCCAGUUAAACUAUGGGAUCCUAAAUCUGGUCAAUCAUUAGCUACGCUACAUGCACAUAAGAGCACCGUAAUGGACGCAAAAUGGAACAAGAACGGCCAAUGGCUCAUUACCGCGUCGAGAGAUCACUUGAUUAAGCUUUUUGAUAUUCGCCGGCUGGACCAGGAGUUACAAACGUUCCGUGGCCACAAAAAGGAGGCAUCAUGUCUCUCAUGGCAUCCUUUUCACGAAGAGCUUUUUUGUAGUGGUGGAUCUGACGGAGCCAUAUUUUUCUGGAACGUUGGAACGGAUAAGGAAGUUGGAGCCAUCGAUCAAGCUCACGAAAGUCUCAUUUGGUCUUUGGCAUGGCAUCCAAUCGGCCACAUUUUGUGUUCGGGCUCCAAUGAUCACACUUCAAAGUUUUGGACGCGAAACCGACCGGGCGACAAGAUGAGAGACAAAUACAAUCUCAACACGUUGCCUCCAGGCGUGAUGCCGGAAGACGCUGAGCUGUUAGACGAUCACCAUGCACCCAAUAUACCCGGCAUGGGACCAGAGGACAAAGUGGAAACCGAGGGGGGAGAUGGGCAAUUAAGUCAAAGCAGCCUUAGUUUGUUGAGUGCGGGAAUGAUUCCUGGUCUGGAUGUGGAGCCGUUGGCACAAGACGUAAAGCCCAUCAAGAAAGUACCCUACGCUAAACCUAUUCCGCGUCACUUUCAGGCACAGUGGAACGAUAGUAACGCUAGUAAAAAACCAGCCAUUUUACCCACACCCAAUGUUUUGUCAACAUCCAUUGGCCAAUCUGAUGAUGAAGAUUAUGUUCUUGGCGUGGACCCCGUUGCUUUCGGAAUGGAACAGCUUGGACGCGCAACACUUACCCUCUUCGGUAUGCCGGCAAACGAUGCAGAAAAAAUGCAGGAGUUACUUGACACGGUCCAAUCGGUGCCAGCUGCUGAACUACCGGUCCCGACAGCAAUUAUUAUCGACGGUACGAUUUUAUCGAUCGAAGCCGACUCGGACUUAGACAAAGCCAUCCGCACUGGCGAAGAGGAGUUGAACGAAGUUUUAUUUUCAAUGGGCCUAAAAGUGACUGUAGAAGAGGAGGAAUCCAAACCAGUAACAGUUCCGAACGACGAAUACAAUCAAGAUCGUGAACUGGAUGAUGACGAUUUCUAUCCGCGUUCUCGUACACCCGUCCUAGAUGAUUCGCCAGGCUAUGCCAGAGGUCAUUCGGGUAUCGGUCCGACGCCAACCGGUGGCCUUCUAGGAGACUUUCCCAGAGUUGCCGAAUUCCAGCAGAGGGGCCACCCGGUCCAACCAAUUCGUCAUCCACUACCUCCGGGAGUCGGACAGCAACACCACCAUCAUCAGCAGCAGCAACAACAUCAGCAGCAGCAUCACCACCACCAUAAUCAUCAUGGAGGUUGGCAAGGACAACCCCCUCCUCAAGAGAUGACUAAUUGGGAUCGUCCACCUUUUGAUCCAGCACAGCAACCACAAGAUCGGUUUCCUCCACGACCACCUCAUGGUCAGGGCCCAAUGAAUAGACCCUACUUUCAGCCACCUCACCAUCAAGACCGAUUCAAUCAAAGUGGACCUCCACUUCCACCUCCUGGUCGAGGUAGAGGGCAUCACGGACCGGGUGGAAAUACCUGGGGAGGUCCGCCUUCAAUGGAAAACGAAGAAGAAAUGCAUUAUAUGGGUAACGGAGGUCCCCCCAUGCCGCCGAUUGAAGACGAUAUGCGGAUGGAAGGUGGUUAUCCUCCUCCACCUCCCCCUCAAAUGAACGAGCGACAUGGAGAUGGAAACUUUGGGUGGGGACCGGGUCCGAACAAUUACAGAGGAGGUAACGUCGGAGGUAUUGAACCGCCUGGGCCUUACGAUAGAAACGAUGAAGAAUAUGGCAGUAGAGGUCCACCAGGUCACUUCGCGCCGAACUAUCCUGGACAGUUCCAUCCACCACCACCACCACAUCAUCAGCCUCCAUCGGGUCGUUGGAAUCCAGAUGGUGGCGGUGGUGGUCGAGGAGGUUACGGAAGGGGAGGAGGAGGUCGGCGGCCUCGAAGAGGAGGGUACAACAACUACUAAUAAAAAAACAUUGCUUUACAAACGAUGGAUGAUUUUGUAUCUCUUACUUUCUCGCCAUUUUUUUUAUAAAAUGUGUACAAAGACGAUAAUGGAUAAUUCUCGCCAUGUUCACCGUACCAACUGACUGCUAGGACCAAACACAAUUAAAAAACUAAAUAAAAGGUCAGUCCUCGCUGGAAA